AUGGCGUCCAAAUUGCUUACGGUCUUCUUCAUCGUAGCUUGCGUUUCCCACUUAAUCUAUGGAGAGAAUGUUCCAUUUGGUAGCGAAUCUUGCACUCAGGGUCCAUCGUACUGGUGCCAAUCGUUUGAAACAGCUGCUAAAUGCGGUACAAGUUACCUGUGUAUGGUACAUGCAUGGAGCAAAAAUCAGAAUGGAGUUUCCGAUGAUGUUUUCUGCAGUGUAUGUGAAAAAAUGGUCGGUGACUACCUCCAUUCAGCCAAAUUUAAGAAAAAUUUGAAUGAAUUCAUGGUUAAGUUUUGCAAUAAGCAACCUAAACUUCUACAUUCAGUGUGCAAGCAUCUUGCUAUUCAUAACCUGGUCCCAUUUAUAAUCCAUGAAAUCAAUAAAAUGACUCCGAAGGACUUUUGCAAACUAUUUAAUUUAUGUUCGAAAAGUUUGACGGAAGAUGAAUUGAAAAGCAAACUAACUGCUAAUAUCAUGAAGCAUACCUUAAUUGGUAGCAAGAUCUGGGAUGACUUAGCUUCUGGAGAUGGUAAAGACUUGGAAUUUUGGGAUAAAAUCAUGAAGACAUUAUUUCCUGGAGCUGUUAAAAAUACCGACUCGCAUAGCAGUUUGGGAAAUGUAAAAGCUGGAAGCACUAAUUCUACAGCCUGUAUAGUUUGUUCUUUUGCUGUUGGAGUAAUCGAUUCUAUGCUUAGACAAAAAAGUGCAGAGAAUACCGUUACUCAUGAAAUUGAUCACUUCUGCACCUACAUGCCUUCCGAUACGAGUAAAGAGUGCCAAAGUUUUGCUAAUCAGUAUGGACCCCCAAUUUUACAAGCAUUAUUACAGCAUGUAUCACCAAAGAAAGUUUGUGCCUACUACCUUCGUGCUUGUCCGCAGUCCAAGCUUGAUCAUGGUACCUCGGGAAUGCAAACUGUCGCUCCAACCCAGCUUACAUCUGGCUAUUGCGUGUUCUGUGAAGUAGCAGUUCGAGUUGUAGAAGAACUUCAUAAAAUAAAUAAAACCAAGAAAUACAUUUUUGGAUUUUGGAAUAAAGUAUGCGAUACCGUAGGUUCUAAAGGAACUUUCGGAUAUGAAUGCCGACUCAUUUUACAAAAACUUGAGAAGAUUACUCACCUGAUCAAAAAUAAAAUUACUGCUCCUUCUCAUAUUUGUCAGAUAAUGCAUGCAUGUAGAAAGUCUGCAAUGGCUCCAAUGAAGAUGGAUGUGUGUCGCUUCGGACCUAGAUUUUGGUGCAGCAGUGAUGUAGCUGCUUCUAUGUGCAAGAAACAGCAUUACUGCCGAACGGAAUAUAACGCCAACUAAAAAUGCCUUAUCUACCUGUGGUGAAUUAAAUCUCCAUUUUUACGCUUUUUAUUUUAGCAUACGCAAUAUUGAACUCAUAAUACUAGCUUGUACUAGGUCAAGUAGUUCAACAUAAUUAGUUUGAUAUCAAGGAUGUAACCCAAUAUCAUAAAUAAAG